CCAUUGGUCGUAGCAGCCCACCUCCCCUCCCCACCCCAAACCCCCUCACCUUCUCCCUCCCUCUCUCCUCUCUUCUCCCUCUUCUGGAGCCCUUUUCUCAUCAGCAUUGUCUCUUGGUAGUUCGCCGAUAGUUCAAAUCAGCAAGGGUUGUAUUUAUGUGGCUUCGAGACAGCAUGACACUGAAACUGGAAGAAAAGACUUUCCCGAAAGAUCCUCAAGUUUAUCGUUUGGUAAGCCUGGGAACGAGUUUCGCCUCCUUCCGUCACCAUAGCAACGAGAAAACAUCCACUGUGUGUAUCUCCGAGUAUUUAGCAUCGCCACAAACAAGUAGUGUCUAGCAAGUGUCGUAAAUUGAGCAGACAGCAUUUCAGCCGUCACUUCAGCUCAGCUUUUCUCACUGAGACAUGUUGAAACCACUUUCAUUUCAAGAUUGUCAUUGUUGGAGAGUGUGCUUGGUGGCAGGGAAGUCUUAUCAAAGACCCAGUGCAUGUUCAAUUAUAUUUCAAUGAUGGUGUCACGAUUGUUCUAUACUUAUUUCUGAGAUUGACAAGGAAGCACUCUACUAUGUCAUUCAACUCUUCCUGUCUUCGGGUACCCAUCAAUCCUUACAGUCAACAGCCGUCACCCUCUUAUGAAAGGGGGCUUGUAGCACCUCACACUGAACAUGAAGGCUCAUCAGCGAGAAAAUUUCGUGUUACUAGUGCCUCCUCUCGCCCUGCAUCGAGUAUCAACUCCCCUGUGCCCAAGCAGCGGGUUGUUUCAAAAUUUAUUGGUGGCAAGCAGACCCGAGCAGAAGGCAGCAAUAAUUCUCCUCUUGAUUCAUUUAUGGAUUUUUAUGAAAGCAUCCCCGACUACCAGGACGUAACACAUCUUUCAGACAAAGAAUUUGAAGAUAAACUGAAAUUACUUCGCCACAAACAAAGAGAAUACUUACACAAUUUGGAUGGUAGAUAUUCUCCAAGGGAUUUUGAAGAAAAUGAAGGAGCAACUUUAAGGUAUCAGAAGAAGAACUGCAAAAGUGUCAAUAAGUUAGAACUGGCUAAAGAAUGGUUAAAUAAAUCAUGUGAUAGUCUUAGCUCAUUAGGCAGGAAAAGUGAAAAUGAUUAUCGAAUAAGAACUUUAGAGAUGGAAAACCAGUCUAAAAAGGCACCAUCUACUAAUGUAAGUCCAAGGAAGUAUGUGCAAUAUGACGUAAAGAAUGAAUCGGAAACAAAUAUUAUGGACUCCGGUUCCUCUUUGUCUAUCGACAGCCAUAUUUUGAAAUCAAAGACUUUAACACCAACCUUUGUUGUGGAAGAACAUAAAGAUGAAAUAGCCCAUAACAUUCAAGACUGUGAGUCACCUUUCACUAGUACUGGAAGAUCGGAAAGUUGUCAAGGAAUUUCCAAUUUGUUUGGGGUGAAGGAAAGUUCUACCAAUAAUUAUGACUUCUAUAAACUACAGGAAGGAACCAGAGAGAAUCACCCCUCAACAUCAAAGAAAACAAGCCAUCAACUGUGUGCUGUGCAGAGCUCUGAAACAUCUGAACUAAAUGUUCAAGAUUGCAACAGUCAUUAUAGUUUAAAUCACCAUGAUGCAAUGACUUACGAAGACUAUUAUGUUCCAAGCUCAGGUUGGAUGCAAUCAGACUCGGACAGUAUGUUGGGUACUAUGCUCCACAUGAAUUCAACUAGGCCCUCCACAGCUGUAAUGAGUCAGAGUUUGCCUGGAAGUCCGAUCACUAAAAGAUCAACCAACUCAUCUAAAACAUCCUCUUCAAAGAAAAAGACACGAAGAAAAAGGCGUGGACCCCAAAAGUCCGUUACCAAACCAGUCCCCUUCAAUUUUGUAAGCAACGAACGACAGUAUACCCGAUCCACUCCUGACAUCAGCAGCAGCCACUGUCGGUCACCUUCUCCAAAGCUUUUCCGCGCUCGGCCCAUUCCUCGCAACUUGUUCAGUAACUAUGUCUACCAGAAAAAACAAGAUGACGAAUUUUUCAGGGCUCUAAAACGCAAAGUCCGUGCCGAGGAGAUGCUGCGCGCCGCCUCCCUGCCGCCCUCCAUGGCGUUCCGCGAGCGCCUCGGCCGGGGCUCCUUGUCACCCGGCUCGGACUCCCGGCGCUGCAGGCCGCGGCCGCGGUCCGGCUGCCCGGACCAGACGGACCGGGACCAGAUGGACCUGGCCGCCAGCACCAGCCGCAGCAACCUGGCCGCCCUGCUGCGCAUCCAGACCGCGAGGUGA